AUGCUCACAUCCAAAGAAACCCCCUCAUUUCUGGGAAUUGCCACUCAGUACUGGCUAAUUGUCUUCGCUGGUAUCCUGAUAUCAUGGGCAUUGUCCAAAAGAUAUCUAACACCGCUGAGACACAUCCCCGGCCCGUUCUUCGCAUCAUGGACUCGUCUCCCCCGGUUCUUUGCAGUGUUGGUAGGGCGACCUCAUGAAUGGGAACUAAACCUGCAUCGCAAGUACGGUCAUGUUGUGCGGACAGGACCGGACCUUGUAUCAGUGGGAGAUCCGGCGGCAAUUAACGUGAUCUAUAACGCAUCUGAUAAGUUCAAGAAGUCGGCAUUCUAUAUCCCUUUCAGGGUCUAUGACAAUGAAGGAUUGCUUCCAGAUCCAUUGGUUUUGACAGACAAGGCACUCCAUACCCGCAUGAAGAAAAACGCAUAUAAUGCAUACUCUAUGGGCUCAAUGUUACAACUGGAGCCUCUUGUCGAUGCAGUCACGGAUCGUUUCUUCAAAAUACUUGACGAUGUGGUCGAAACUCCGAGUCGGACGUGUGACUUGGGAAAGUGGUUGCGAUAUUAUGCAACCGAUGUCAUCUUCGCUGUCACAUUUGGCGAGGACCUUCAAUUUAUGGAAAAGGGAGAUCCUAUUGGGAUGAUGCCAAUGCUUGAAUAUAUUGCCGGAGACUAUGUGUCAAUUGUUGGUCAAUUUCCAUGGGUUCACAAAUUCCUGCUUGGUAAUAGAUUCGUUUCCAAACUAGUCCUUGGAAAUAAUGGACCGGACGGCGCUACUUUAGACCUGGCACAAAAGCAGGUCAUGAAAUUCCGCGAGAAAAUGGUAGCGCAGUUAGUGACGGGUCCUUGCUCAUUUGUACAGCGACUACUGGAGCACCAGGUAGCCCAUCCAGACUCCAUCACAGAUCGGGAAAUUAACACCCAUGCAUUUGGAAAUGUCACUGCAGGAGCAGACACCACUGCAAUUGCCAUGCGGACGAUCAUGUUCAACGUGAUAAAGCAUCCCGAGAUUUACGACACCCUGUGUCGUGAGAUUUGCGAGGCGAGAUUGACCCUUCCAAUCACAUACGCCAGUGCCAGCACCCUCCCAUAUCUAGACGCAGUCAUCAAAGAAGCACUGCGCAUCCACCCGCCAACCGGUAUCAUGUACGGCCGAACCGUGCCGCCGGAGGGUGCUACUGUAUGUGGGAAGUUUAUUCCCGCGGGCACGGAAGUGGGGAUUAGCCCUUGGGUACUGCAUUACGACCCCGAGUUAUUCCCAGACCCUGAGAAGUUCCAGCCGGAGCGUUGGUUGACUGCAGACGCAGAUUUGCUGGCGCAGAGGAAGAGGUCUAUCUUUGCUUUCAGUGCUGGUUCGCAUACCUGCCUUGGGAAGCAUAUUAGUUUGAUGGAAAUUACGAAAUUGGUUGCGUCGCUGCUGAUGCAGUAUGAUAUUGCAUUAGUGGAUCCGAAUGCGAAGCUGUCGUUUAAGUGUCGUUGGUUUACACCCCAGAAAGGAUUGGUGGUGAAAUUGGCGAAACGGCACCUUUGA